AUGUCAAAAAAAAAACGAGUUAGUCUUACUACUGGACAAAAACGUGAAAUUUGUGAAACAAAAGAAAGAAAUCCAAACCUUAGUCACAUUGAACUCGGUGGUCAGUAUGGUAUUGGAAAGUCAACAGUAUCAGAAAUCCUCAAAGAAAAAGAAC